UGCAAAUUUAAGACUUCUUUAACUCAUCCGUUACAAAAACUUUCAAAAUGAUAAGAACAGAAUAAGGGCAAGCUUUAAUCAUUAGAACAUCAGCCUAUGAACGUUUUCCAGCUAUGGAAUUGCAAUGAGACGACCGUCCAACGAGGAUUACAUGUGGACUGUUUACACGAAGCAGUUCGAGCGAGGCGUCUGGGGGAUGAUCAUGACCGUAGCUCUAGCUUUGGGUGCGGCGUUGUAUGUCGUCUCUCGAUGGUGCAAGAACGAAUGUCAAGUCCAUCUCUUGGAAUCGUUUUUCACCGUCGUCGGCUUUCUGUCUGGCCAAGGUACAACUCUAGGGUUUCAGACUGUAGCGGGGAGAACAGUGGUGUUGACGGCAUUACUGCUACAAGUAAUUUCACUUGCAUACUACACCAGCAACAUGGUCUCGGCCCUCACGGUCGGUCCUUCGCUUCCGGCCCUAAAUGACCUGCGGGAUGUCCACAACGACCCGGCAAUCACAUUCGGCUUCGUCAAGGGCACCGCGAACACGGCUGAUUUCAGGGACUCGAGUAACCCGCUGCUCCAGGAGGUAUGGCGCAACAUAAAGGAGGAAGACCUAAGUCCUACAGCGACGGCAGGAAUGGAACGUGUCCGGGAAGAUGAAUAUGCUUUCAUGUUGUGGGAACUCUUCUUCGACAUGAACUACGGACAUGAUUGUCGUGUGUUCAUGCUCCCGGCACGUUACUUCUCGACAUACACGUCCUUCGCCUUCCCAAGGGACUCGCCUCUUGUUCCUCUCAUGAACAAACUGAUCCUCGACAUCGUCUCCUCGGGUCUCCUCAGGAAAUGGUGGAUGGAGUUGAGCUACUCCGCCACCGACUGCAGCACCCUUGAAGCGGCGCCCAUCGAGCUGAAGACGGUACUCACGCCCUUCCUCAUGCUCGGCCUCAGUGCCCUUGUUUCGCUGGGGAUCCUGACCGCAGAACGUUCUCUCUGCCGGGUAAGGACCUCCGCCUCGCUAAAGAAAUACAGCAGUGUCCCGAAGGAAUAGGUGUAAACAACAUAGUUAGGAAAGAAUGGAACUGGUGCUGCACCUACUCCCCCCCCCCACUCCUUUAUGUGUGUUCAAUUGCCUAAAUGGCUCUUAAGAAUAAAAACUAAUUUGAAAAAUACUCUGUUAACAUAGUUUUUAUCACUGUUCGUACCCAGUGAUAUGUUUUCUUGCUAAAUGUUCACAGAUUAUAAGUUACUGUAUACUUCAUUUCAGUACGUUUGUUAAAUACAUGAUUUCGAUAUUCAAUGCACACAAAAGACAGAAUAUUAAAAAAUAACUAUAACUAUAUAGAUAUAUAUUUUUUUGUAAUUAUCCGAUAAAUCAUGGCAUUCGACAGCUAUGAUCUACACCACCAUAAACCAGCGAUGUUAUAGUAGUUUUAUACUAAACAUUAUUUCAUGCAAUGAUAAUGUACUCACAAAAGAGGCGUGAUCAACACAUUUUAAACUACGUAUGACUAUCAAACAGUCUUUUGAUAGGUAACAAUAUGUGCUGCGGAUCUAAUGGGCCACAUCUGUAUUCUUCGUCUGUCGUUCGAAAUCUCUUUACCAAAUUGAUAAAAAUGCAUAAUCUU